UGCAGGAAGCGUCACUUACAUGCGACAGUAACAAGCGUCGUAUCUGUGGGGCUGCCCUGUGAAGACGCUGACGGUCACUGCAAUGGCAGCUCCAUCCAAUUUGGUUGCAAAGAGUGGACGGCGCUUCAAAUGGGCCAUUGAGUUCAGCACUGGCGGAACCAGGGGCCGGGGUGAGAGGAGCGCUCUGCAGGACAGUAUGUAUCCAGUAGGAUAUUCUGACAAACAAGUCCCAGACACCAGUGUGCAAGAGUCUGACAACGACCUUGUGGUGAAGCGCUGCUGGGACAUCGUUAUGGGACCAAUCAAGCAGCUCCCCAUGAACCUCUUCAUAAUGUAUAUGGCUGGGAACACAAUUUCCAUCUUCCCUAUUAUGAUGGUGUGUAUGAUGGCGUGGCGACCCAUACAAGCGCUGCUUGCUAUACCUGCCACCUUCAAGCUCCUGGAGAGCUCUGGUCAGCGGUACUUCCAAGGCUUUGUGUAUCUCAUUGGAAACCUUCUGGGACUUGCAUUGGCUGUUUAUAAGUGUCAGUCCAUGGGACUUCUACCCACGCAUGCUUCUGAUUGGCUGGCUUUCAUUGAACCACCUGAGAGGAUGGAGCACAGUGGAGGAGGCCUUUUACUAUGAUGGUCUUUGUAUAGCAACAUAUGCAGUGCAGAAGUUGGCCUCUACUUUUUGGACUCGCUUCCUAGUUUCUGUUCUGUACCCGUCUAAUAAAUUAUUGCACACAA